AUGGCCGCUCCCAAAAUCACCCUGGACACUUCUAACCUGUCCGAGGACAACCAUCGGACAACUGCUCCUUCUCCAAGGACUACCCACAACCGUAACGCCAGCAUGUCGACACCACCAGCAACAGCGGACAACGAUAACUAUCUAUCACCGACAUCGCCAGACCGGUCUAAGCAUCAAUUCGACGGAGUGACCUUGAACUCGAGAACAGGCUCUAUCAACCUCAGCGAGACUUCGACAAGGCUACGGUCGAACUCGGGGAUUUCAGCAGCGUCGACCAACACACUCUAUUCGAAGACUAGCUUUGAGUGUGACUCGGCUGAGGACUCACUUCGACCUGAUCCAGGCAACGAGCAGGACUUCAAUGUUGCCAACAAUCCUUUCGCUUUCACGCCUGGGCAACUCAACAAGCUGCUGAAUCCCAAAUCAUUAUCAGCAUUCAAGGCUCUGGGAGGUCUGCGAGGGCUUGAGAAGGGUCUUCGGACGAGCAUAACCUCUGGACUAUCGACAGAUGAGGUCACGCUCCAAGGUCAAGUUUCUUUUGAUGAGGCAACGCGUGCAGAGCACAAGGAUGUGCUAGAACAGACAGACAGCGAUUUGAGAAGGACUGAGUCAAUUCCUAACACGAGGGAAGUGAAAGACCAGUUUCAGGAUCGCAUACGUGUCUUCAGAGACAAUCGAUUGCCCGAGCGGAAACCUGACAGCAUUUUCGUGCUUAUCUGGAGAGCCUACAACGACAAGAUUCUCAUACUAUUGACGGUCGCUGCGGUCAUAUCCUUGGCUUUAGGUGUCUACGAAACCGUUGCAGGUGAGGGUAGCGUCGAUUGGGUAGAAGGUGUCGCUAUUUGUGUAGCCAUCUUCAUCGUGGUGGCGGUGGGAUCAGUGAACGACUACCAGAAAGAACGUCAGUUCAUGAAAUUGAACAAACGGAAAGAUGAUCGUGAGGUCAAGGUUAUACGAUCCGGCAAGUCAAUUCAGGUUUCUGUGUAUGACAUUACCGCUGGCGAUGUCAUGCACCUUGAGCCAGGUGAUGCUGUGCCCGCAGACGGUGUGUUCAUCUCUGGCCACGGUGUGAAGUGUGACGAAUCUUCCGCAACAGGCGAAUCCGAUCAAAUGAAGAAGACGCCAGGCGAAGAGGUCUGGCUACGGCUUCAGGAUGGAACAGCAACGGCCAAGCUCGACCCCUUUAUCAUUUCUGGAAGCAAAGUGCUCGAGGGUGUGGGCACAUUCCUCGUCACCAGCGUUGGACAGAACAGCUCAUUCGGCAAGAUCAUGAUGUCACUCCAGACGGACAACGACCCAACUCCAUUACAGGUCAAGCUAGGGCAUCUGGCGAACUGGAUCGGUGGCCUUGGGUCUUCUGCGGCCAUUCUCCUAUUCUUGGUCCUGCUCAUCAAGUUCCUUGCUGGUCUGUCCGGCAACCCGGCUCCGCCAGCUGAGAAGGGGUCAGAAUUUCUGGACAUUUUGAUCGUGGCCAUCACGGUUAUUGUGGUCGCUGUGCCUGAGGGUCUGCCGCUCGCUGUGACCCUGGCAUUGGCGUUUGCUACAACACGAAUGCUCAAGGAGAACAACCUCGUCAGAGUUCUUCGAGCUUGCGAAACAAUGGGCAAUGCUACGACUAUCUGUUCCGACAAGACCGGCACCCUGACUCAGAAUAAAAUGACUGUUGUUGCUGGCACUCUUGGGGCGGAUCAGAAAUUCGCAACUUCCGGGUAUCAUGAGGAGAAGGCAGCAAGCCCACAGAAAGUAUUCGGUGAUGUGCCGAAGGACCUAAAAGAUCUCGUCCGAGCUUCAAUCACCCUGAACAGCACUGCUUUCGAGGGAGAAGAGAAGGGUGUGCCGACUUUCAUUGGUUCGAAGACCGAAGUUGCAAUGCUGACACUGGCGAAAGAGGUUUUGGGCAUGGACAAUCUUGCUGCAGAAAGAUCGAACUUCAAAGUCAAGCAGCUCAUUCCAUUCGACUCUGGCCGCAAAUGUAUGGGCAUCGUCAUUAAGCUCAGCUCCGUCAACGGCGGUGGCUACCGGAUGCUGGUCAAGGGUGCUGCUGAAAUCAUGCUCUCCAAAGCAAGUCGCUCGGUUGUAACCUCCAGCAGUGAGACUCUCCAGGUGGAGCCUCUCAGUCAAGAGCACAAACAGGAAAUCGGCCAAGUCAUCGAGGACUACGCGAAGAACUCAUUACGUACCAUCGGAAUGUUGUACGCCGACUAUCCUUCAUGGCCGCCACCACAUGCGAAGCUGAUGGAAGAAGACCCAAAGAUGGCCGAAUUCGACUCCAUAUUCGGUGAUCUGACUUGGGUCGGCGUAGUCGGUAUUCACGAUCCGCUCCGUGAGGGUGUCGUGGAUGCCGUGGCUCAAUGUCAGAAGUCAGGCGUCGUGGUUCGUAUGGUCACGGGUGACAACGUCAACACUGCACGGGCUAUUGCUCGAGAUUGCGGCAUACUCCAAGGAGGCAAAGAAGACGAACAAGUCGUAAUGGAAGGACCAGUAUUUCGCACGCUCAGCGACGAGAAAAUGGACCAAAUCCUGCCAAAGCUUCGUGUACUGGCCCGGAGCUCCCCCGAAGACAAACGAAUUCUUGUCGGCAGGCUCAAGCAAUUGGGAGAAACUGUCGCCGUUACAGGAGAUGGUACCAACGACGGACCAGCACUGAAGAUGGCUGAUGUCGGCUUCUCUAUGGGUAUUGCUGGCACUGAGGUGGCGAAAGAAGCAUCGUCUAUCAUUUUACUUGACGACAACUUCAGCUCCACCAUCACAGCGCUCAUGUGGGGACGAUCCGUCAACGAUGCCGUCAAGAAAUUCCUGCAGUUUCAGAUCACCGUCAACAUUACUGCUGUCGUCCUGACAUUUGUUUCAGCAGUUAGCAGCAGCUCCAACCACUCGGUCCUCACUGCAGUUCAGCUGCUCUGGGUCAAUCUGAUUAUGGACACUCUGGCAGCGCUUGCGCUCGCCACUGAUCCCCCAACCCACAAGAUAUUGGACCGCCCACCACAGCGCAAAGACGCUCCUUUGAUCACGAUGAAUAUGUGGAAGAUGAUCAUGGGCCAGGCUGUCUAUCAGCUUGUUGUGACCUUUGUUCUCUUCUUCACAGGCGAAUCAAUCAUUGGCUACACACCAACCGGGCCAGACGACAUGACCAUGGCCACUAUAGUCUUCAACUCCUUUGUCUGGAUGCAAAUCUUCAACGCCUUCAACAACCGCCGCCUCGAUAACAAGUUCAAUAUUUUCGAAGGCAUGUUCAAGAACUUCUGGUUCAUGGGAAUCCUGGCCGUUAUGAUUGGGGGACAGAUCAUGAUUGUAUUCAUCGGCGGCGCCGCAUUCUCCAUCACACGGCUCAACGGGCCCCACUGGGCUAUCUCGGUACUCACUGCGCUCCCUUGUUUGUUAUGGGCCGUUCUCGUCCGCUGCUUUCCAGAUGCCUGGUUCGAGGUUGGUUUUGCGCCAUGUAUCAAGGCAUUCCGUUUGGUGUUGCUGCCAGCCUGGUCCGGACUGAAGAAGACCUUCAGACCAGUCUGGCGUGGGAUGAAGGCUGUGACAAGGCCGAUUGGUCGUCUCUUCGGUCGCAAGAAGAAGUCGGGGGAUGAUGACGAGUCCAAUAUUGAUGAGAAGGUGUCCGAUGUCGAGAGAGGCAAUAAUAGUCGCGAUGGCAAGGAUGCAGCUCCUUUCGCGAUAUCGACCAAUAAGCCAGAGCUCAGGGUGGAACCUCCAGGAAACGAGGUCGAGGUUCCCGUGUUCCAGGUCACGGAGCCUGAGGAGGAACGAUCCGAGAAGGAACAGUCAGAGAGGAGGAAGGAUCAUGAGAGUACGACUUCGGAUGUUCCGACCUUCAAGAUUCAGGACCACAACGGUUCGUAA